AUGGCACGCAGAUACUCACAGGAGGAGCUUUUACACCUACGGGAAUCGCCUCUGGUGGUUAAACCGGAUGGCUUGCCUCCAAUAGAAGAAUGGAUGGGCUUGAAAUCUCCAGACGCCGAUGGCACCAAAUCCGACCGCUUCCCACACCGUGACAACAAAUUCUUAAAGGAUAAAGACGCGGAUAGAGACAGAGACCCUGAUAAGAGGGACUCUAAAUCUCAUAUCACAAACGGUCGACGAAGUGGACGGGAAGAUAAGGACGAUUGGGGAACUAGGCCCAGGCGCACCUUUGGUCAGGAGGACAGCAGUGACCGAAGAGUGAAAAGAGGCGGAGACAGAUGGGAUAGCAGAGACUUUAGAGAACACCGUGAUCAGCAAGAAACUGGGAAUGAACGGGGCCAUCGUGGCGAGCAAGGCAAAUACCCUAACCGUAGGGACACCCAGACCAAAGGCCGACACGACCAUCCUUCUUGGUUUCGUGAUGGUGAUGCUCAAGAAAAUGCUGAGCACGAAGAAGAGAAAACUCCUGUAAGGAAUCGGGAAUGGCGUCGAGGUGUGCAAGGCCAGGAUAAAGACAGGGACAGAGACAGAGACUGGAACAGAUCUACGAAGCACGAGCAGGAUCCUGAAUGGAUGGAUUCGUCAAACAAAUCAGACCACAAGGAGGCUCAUACCCAAGAAGAUUUUCAGAGGUGGAAAGAGAGGAUGAAGACGGGUGGUGCCCAACCAUCAGAUGAAACGAAGAAUAAGGCCGCCCCUCCAGAGGUUACCAGCGUCGAGGCCAAACCGGCUGAAACGAAACGAACUGAUGGAGAGAUGUUUUCAAGCCUUGAGCCAUCAUAUAAAACAGAUGCUGGCUUCGACGACUUCUUUGGGCCUUGGGGAGGAUCCAAAUCUACCCAGGAGCCAGGGACAUCUGGUAGUGCUAUUGUUAGUUCUAGCACGAAGGAGGGCCAAGCUGCAAAGCCAGCAAAGUCUUCCAGGUUCGCCGGGUUUUUCAAUGCUACUUCUGAAACUGCUACCAAAGAAGUUGAGGCAGCAGCUCCCCAACCAGCACGUCCGGUAUCAACAGAUGCUGAUCAGGAAGGCUUUCAGCGAAUCCUACAACUUCUUGGUGGUAAUAAGUCAAGGAACUCCACUCCACAAGCAGAGGACAUGAUUCGGCCAAAACCAACACUACCACAGCAAAGCCAGCAAGAAUUCGGCCAUGUGCCAGCUCCCACCGCGUCUCCACACCGUGAUAUUGUUAAUCGACAACCUUAUAUGGGCUAUCCAGAGCCUCCACGUGAACAAAGUUCACAUGGACUUGAGCAACUAAUUGCGCAAAAGGCUCCAAAGGAGUCCCAGCCUUCUCCCUAUGAUGCUGACCUUUUGCUUCGGUUGAUGCGGCAAGCAAAAAUUGGUCAAUCCCAUCAGGGGCAGGUGCCAGCUCAUACACCACUACAUAAUCCAGGCAUUCAGAACAUGCCUGACAUGCAGUCUAGGAAUCAGGAAAUACCAAAGCAAAAGAGCCCGUUGUUCUUCGAUGAUCCUGCGAUUGCAAACAUGCAACGACCCGACGCGAAUGACCCUAGGAACCAGCUACGUCGUAGACCUACGGGCGGCCCUCCUGGCUACUUUGAUGAAAUGCAAUAUCAAGGUCCCUCGAAUGGAAGUCAUACUCCAGCCAACCCUCCUGGUCUUCGGACCCAACCAACCGUUCAACCAAUAGUGGGAAUCCAACGCCCUCCAGGGCUUGAGCAGGUUACCUCCCCAGGAGGAUGGCCAACCCCCCAGCAAAUGCAGCAAGGCGCAUCUGCCCAAUUCAUUGGACGUCCUGGAAUCCCCAAUCAACCCCCUAAUCGUAGUAUGAACCCGAAUUUUCCCCCUGUCCCGCAAAUGCCAAUGCCAGGCGGAAUGCCUCCACCAAAUGACCGCCAGGCUUUCCAGCGUGGCCCUGGAGCCGGUGGCCCGGCCAACUUUGGACCGCCGCCUGGAAUUGUCCCACCCCCCGGAUAUAUGACUAUGAACCAUCCUCCGCCAUCAGCAUUCCCACCCAUGCCUCAUACUCCUGAGGCUAUGAUGGGGCUUUCUCACGGCCACCCCGCGCACUUCGGUGCCGGACCGCAGCAAGGACUGUAUAGGCUAUUGAUGCUUUAA